UUACCGCGGGAAUUCCCUGAUUCCUGACUCUCACUUUGCCGGAGUCUCUCGACGGCCUUCGCGUUCACGGGCUUUCAAUGUCUGUGCCUCCAAGACCAUUGUUAACGCUCCAACAGCGACGCGUAAGGCUGAUGCUCGCCACCUUUCCGAUGAUUGUGGUCACAGGAUAUGUGCUGUACAAACGUCUUGUACUCGGUGAAGCUCAAAAAAGAUUUUCCAGACCGUCAGACUCUGCAGCCGUGCCAGGCGUUCAGCGAGCAAAGAUGGAGACAGAAAAGCCGAAAGAAGGAUAGCAGGUCGGGGGUUUGAAUACUAAAUAGACGUUGACUGCUCUCAGACUACCUGCAACUAGAACUGAUAUUCGUAAGACCAGUUGUCUUGCAGAACAAUGUAAUAUUAUUAUCUGAACUAGGAGAGUUAAAGAUUC